AUUCCGGAUCCCAAAGACGAUCAAGAUGUGAGAUCUUGGCUAGAUGAAGUCAAUCAAAUGAUCUGAAAUUUUAAUAAAAGUUUUCAUUUCGUUCGGUUAGCACGUAAGCGAAUGUUGUCUCCUCUGUAUAAGUCGUGUGCUCCUGCAAACUAUACCCUCGGGUUCUUUGAUGGUGAUGUACCGUCCCACUAACGAUCACAUCGACUCUCAUAACUAGGAGUGUACGAGUACAUACCUACAUAUACGGAUUACUUCUUGAAAAGCUUUUCAAUGAAAUUUAACACACCGUUUAUAAAUAAUAUUUCAUAAUAGAAUCAUCCAUAUAAAAUUUGCAUAUUUUUUUUUUUUGUUUUUUGUAACUUUUAUGUUUCGAAAUAAGUGAACAAAGUGAUUUUAAUAACUGAUUCGCGUUGCUCCACUUCGUUGAAACAAACGACCAGAAAAAUAUUGCAUAAUGAAUACUUCAAAUAAUUCAUUUCAAAAUAAGUUAUGGAUUGCAGCAUUGAUUCUCUGUGUAGGAGUUUCUGUAUCGCAAUUUCAAGUUUCUGCAGCACCACAGAACAAUGAGAAAAACGACACGCCAUUUCCAUUAGAACUACAACCUCCAUUAGUUGACAAUUUACAAGACGCCGUCGAUAGCUAUGGUAAUCCCAUAACUUUCUCUCAACCGAUACAAACUCCGGAUGGGAGGAAAGUCGUUACCGCUCAGGGUGUGCAAUUUGAAAUUCCCAAUUAUGCUUCGGGAAUAACUGAAAUCAAGAAGCCAAUUGAGAGUUUGCUUCCACCAUUUGUUGAUCCCAAUGCAGCUGAACAACAGAAAGAUGCUUUUAACAGCCCUGGAAUUGACUACUCAACAGAGCAAAAGGAAUACACUCUUCCCGAUUGGUUAGCUGAUUUCAAUGACCCUGAUGUUGGACCAGGUGUCCCAUAUACUCCAUCUAAUGACGAAAACUCCUUGAAAGUUUUGUCUUGGGACUUAGUACCCCCGAAGGAGAACGAUCCUCACACAGAAAAUACAAACUUGGGAAUUGUACAACAAAACAGAUUUCCCACAACAUUUCCGACAAAGCAAGCAUUCACAAUCAAUCAAGGGGUACAAAUGGCAAUAAAUCAACCCAGAACUACCACACCAACAACCAGUAAACCAACCACGACAACAAUUAUGACAACAACUACUAGUACGACUACAACAACCCCAUCACCCGUCACAAAAACAACCGAUGCACAACCAUUGAGUACUGCUAGUGAAAUCUCAUCUGAAAUAUUUGAAUUGCCAGGAGGUAAUUCGGAGGUUCUGCCGUCGUGGCUGGAAGGGUUUGAUGAUCCCGAGCUGUCUAUAGCAGUGCCAUUUGAAAUUCCUGAAGAUAAUAACGAAUACAAUCACACACUUUCAAAUGAUUUGCUACCACCCUUAGAACCAUUUGAAGAUCUUAAAGUUUUAAGCGUUCCUGGUUUCGCACCAAAUCAAGUUCAACCAGAUAUAACCACCACAGAAGCAGUCCCUAAUACCACUCCAUAUCCCAUUCGCACAACUUCCAUAAAGAGUACCUUUUCGACUUUUAAACCAUUUCAAUUUAAAUUUUUACCAAAACAACCCACAAGCCCCCCAAUAUCUUUUACGCAAAAGCCACUCUUCACAACCACUAAAACUACUACCAUACCCACAACAACACCUAACACUAUCACCGAAAGUCCAAUCCCAGCCCGAAUCCCUCCAUUCACGUUAAAGUCAUCGGCGCAGCCCACUGGAUUUAAAAUUAAUUCUUUUAUGUUAACACAAUCAACUGUAAAACCAACAUUGCAAACUCUUUUUGAUGUCAAGUCAAAUCCGUUCCUAAACUUAAAAAAUGGACAAUUUGGGUUUACAUCCUUCCAAAAUCCCCCAACAACAACAACUACAACAACAGCUUCUCCAGCUACGAGUGAGUUUAUUUUGGGCAGUGUGACCACUCCAUCAUGGCUGACAGGCAUCAGUCACGUCAAUCCAGGACCAGGAGUACCCUUUUCUUUACCUGAAAAAAAGGAACCAGAGCAAACUUUUAAUGGAAUUAUUUCACCAACAAGUCAGGUUGCAGAGCAAACAAUUGAUGGGGUAACAAUACAAAAAUCAAUUUCAUCUGAACUCCCACCAUUCAAUUUCAUUCAUAACUCUAUCCCAUCCCAGUCCAUUCUCCCCAACAAUCAAACCUUUAUUUCUACUUCUACACCAUUACCGGAACCAUCGAGACUUUUCACACCACCUAUGGUAGUGCUGCCAGACAUAGACGAUUAUACCAACCCCGACGACGGCAACUUACAAUCGCAAACAAUUCCAAUAAACAGUUACAAUAUUCCAGAAGCAACGGAAUCAAACACGAAACCAACGUCUAAGGUUACAUUUAACAAGAGUAAUCAAGGAAAAGUGAUUUCGAACAGCGUUUUUGAACCCGUGCAACCUUCUACGAAACCUUUCUUCGGUGUAUCACAACCAGCUAAUUCGAUUGGAUUUGAAAGCUCAACUCUAGGUCCCGCCUUCCAGUCUCAACCUUCAACGGCAGGAACAGUUUUUGCUGGCAAGUAUACCGGUGGCUUCAAAGGAGCUCCUGGAAUUUUGGGUGGACAAAAUAGACCAGGUUAUGCAAUCCAACCUGAUGGCUCAAUAAGAGACCCUGAUCACGCCGUUCUUCAACCAGGACAGGUCGCAGCACCUACAAUAAAUUUGCAGUCGCGUUUUGAUACCUCAAGCCUUCCAGACGUGCCAACACCUACCGCAGGCUUCGGCCAAAAAAGGGACUACAAAGGUUCAUUCGGUGGUCCACCGGGUGUUCUAAUUCCAUAUGACAAUGUAUCACCAGUUUAAAGUGAAAUUAUUAAAAUUUUUAGUUUUCUUUUUAAUUUAAUUUCCCUUGUUUCUGAAAUUGUAUAUACACAAAAAUUAUUUUUCCAUAAUAUCUUUAAGAUUCUAUACAUAUGUACGUUUAUCAUACAAAUUUAUUAAAUGCUUAAACAACUUUUAUAAAAUAUAUUAAAAUAAAUUCAUUCAUUAAUUAUAAAAUUUG